CUCUCUCUCUCUCUCUCUCUUCACCUUAACCGUAGGAAACUCGCUCUCUAACUUUCCCAUCCCUCUCUUGAACCGCGACGGAUAACGAAGCUGCAUCUGGUCCUUUUUUAUUUUUUAUUUUUUAUCUUUCUAGAUUUAGGCCCUUUCGUUCCUUUAACCCCGCUACCGUGGUCACUUGGGAAGACAAAGAAAAAAAAAAGACAUACAUAGCCAACCUUACCAUACCAACCCCUCAUCACUCCGACACUAACUUACCUUCCUCUCCUUAUUCCCUUUCUAAGACGCACCCCCCCCGCCACCGCUCUUAACCCUAACCCCUUCUCCUCCUGCUCCUGUGCGGUGCCGUCUUGUUGUUGUUUGGACCACCGCCAUCCCUUCCUCCCCUUCCCCCUCUUACCUCACCUCACAGAGUCCCGCAACUAUAAUACCACUGCUACUGCUGUUACCAUCGCUACAACUGCCGUCCGUGCCCUGGCCCGUUAACUGCGAGCGAGAGCCUUCCGACCUCUCGAUAGUACGGCUGCACUCUACCGUGCGCUCGAUUACCCCUUGUCGACAUUGUUCGCAAUGGCUCGCCAGUCCGUGCCUCUAUCCAUAGCUCCGGUCCCUCUCGAAGCCGGCUAUGUUAUCGUUGACCAGAACUCCACCUCCAACAGUUCAUCCAGCAGCAGCCCCGAGCGCUUCACCAACGAUGGGGGCCCCGACUGUUUCAUGUCCAACCCGGACGACAGCCACUCUUCGAUAGCCGAGCUGACGGACUUCCGCAACAUGACUGUAUCCCCCAUCGAGAAGUUGGCCUCCCUCCGCAAGCCGCAUCCACGUCAACAGCAGCAGCAGCAGCCCCUUUCGCCCGUCAAUAAACUUCCUCCCGAGCUCCUGAUUGCCAUCUUCUCCAAGAUUACCUCGCUCGUCGUCUUGAAGACUUGCAUGCUGGUGUCCCGGCAAUGGGCCGACUGCAGCGUGGAGCUGCUCUGGCACCGUCCGCACUUUGGCGAAUUCGCGAAAUACGAGGCCAUGGUCGCCGCCAUCCAGGAUGAGAACGCCUUCUACAAGUACUCGCAGCUGAUCAAGAGGCUCAACCUGACGCCCAUCUCGGCAACGGCUAAUGAUGGGAGCAUGAAGCCGUUGGGACUGUGCACGAAAUUGGAGCGCCUGACUCUCACCAACUGCGUCAACUUGACGGACUCCCCGCUGAUGGAGAUAUUGGCGGGUAACCCGCGCAUCCAGGCGCUGGAUAUGUCGCAGCUUUAUAACAUCUCGGAUUUGUCGAUUAAUGUGGUCGCUGAGAACUGCCUGAGGCUUCAGGGGUUGAACGUUGCUGGGUGUAAACGUAUCACCGAUGCUUCUAUGGUUCCGCUGUCUACGAACUGUAAAUUUUUACGCAGAGUAUGAACCCACCCUGUCCUGCGCUUCUUUUUUCUUUCUUUUUUUCUUUGUUGCUGACGUGGGAAUUUUUUCUUCUUGGGGGGUGAAAUAGCUUAAACUAAACGAUUGUAACCUUUUGACCAACUCUACGGUCAUUUCGUUAGCUGAGAAUUGUCCUCAGCUUCUGGAGGUGGACUUGCACAAGUGUCACAACAUCACGGAUGAGUCGGUUCUUCAUAUGUUCAAUCAACUCCGUCAGCUUCGGGAGCUUCGCCUGGCCUAUUGCGACCUUCUUACCGAUGACGCAUUCCUCAAGCUUCCCAACAAGACGUACGAGCUACUGCGCAUAUUGGAUCUUACAGGCUGUAGGCUGCUUACGGACCAGAGCGUGAGCAAGAUUGUCAACAUCGCACCCAGGCUCCGCAACCUCAUUCUGGCAAAGUGCGAGAAUAUCACCGAUAGGGCGGUCACCCACAGCAUUAUAAAAUUGGGGAAGAAUUUGCACUACUUGCACCUUGGUCACUGCCAGCACCUCACGGAUCGUGCCGUGCAGGCUCUCGUGCGUUAUUGCAAUAGGAUCCGGUAUAUUGAUCUGGCCUGCUGCACACUACUCACUGACCAGGCUGUCUGCCAUCUUGCGGGGCUACCAAAGCUGCGGAGGAUUGGGUUGGUCAAGUGUCAUCAGAUUACGGACUAUGCUAUCCAGACCCUGGUCCGUCGGACAAAUGACACACCGUGUCCCCUGGAGAGGGUUCACUUGUCUUAUUGUACUAAUCUUACUGUUAAUGUGAGUUCCUUGUCGGUCCAUGCUCGUUAUGUCAGGGAAACGCAUCAACUGAUGGUUAUCCUCUAGGGAAUUCAUGACUUGAUCAAGAGUUGCGAACGCCUCACCCAUCUUAGUUUGACCGGUGUCGACGUCUUUUACAGUAGGAAGGAUUUUACCCAGUUCUGUAGGCCUCCGCCUGAGGGUAUGUCGCCCGUUCUUUUUUUUUUUUUUUUUCUUUUUUCUCCCACUACUUUCAGUGCUGACUCGGGUAGAAUUCAACGAGCACCAACGUGAAGUUUUUUGCGUCUUUAGUGGUAGCGGAGUAGAUAAACUCCGCCGGUACCUAAACGCCCAACAAGCCGCCACCUCCGCUGCAAUCAACACUACCGGUGGGGACCACCUCGCGUAUUAUAACGAUGAGGAUGACGACACCCAGGAAAUGGAGGAGGAUGGGGAGGCGGGGACGGAUGGUGUUGAAGAUUAAGAUGCAUUCGUCGCAUGAGAGGAAUUGAGGAGAUGCGCGCUAUAGCAAAUUUCUGCUAUUGGUGGGGCGCAUUCUCGGCUUUUCAUCUCUUUUCCCAUUCAUCUCCAUUACUUGUCUUUUUUUUGCCAUGGUCGUCCUAGCUGAGUGGCUAGUUUGGUGGCAUGUGCUUUUUUCACGUGACUAUGGCGGCAUGUCUUGUCUUGUCUUUCCUGUGUGCGCAUGGCGAUCUGGAAUAAUUGUAUUUUUUUCUUCUCCAUUUCUUUCCCUUUUUCUUUGGAAAAAACUGUUUUCUUUCUUUGGGGGUGCAUUUGGUACGGGUCUUUUAUUACUGCUUCCUUCUCAUCUCAUGUUUAGGCUCUUUUCUUCCUCUCAACUUGCCAGGUGACGGAGGUAAUAAUUACUUGGAGUUGAAUAAUGGAUGAAGUGUUGGUGGGUGGAUAGAUGUAUGUUACUCUGCUGGUUUUUCCACUUGUCCCAUCCCCUCCCCCCCCCCUUUGGGUGGUGCUACCUGCUUGGGUGGUUGAGCGGGUGGGUGGCUAGAUUGGUACGUAGAAUUUAGGGGGUUUUUUAUUCUUGUUUUUGAAAACGAGGGUGGUGUGGGCUGUGAGUGUUGAGUGAGAAUUAAAGGGUGGAAUAAAUGAUAAUCGGGGCACUGUGCUACGGAAGAGUCGAGGCGAGUGCUGGCGUGUGAUGCCACCCGGCGUUCUUGCUUGUAUCAUACCAACCAUACCGUGCCAAGUCUAGUUUAACUGUGUGAACCCACUAUGACUGUCUCCACCGUAGGUC